GCCCAUGGCUCCUCCGUGCUCCUGGCGGUCGUGAUGGACUGGGAAGAAUUAUCGCCGAGGCACAAGCUGAAGGCGGCUAUGGAAGAAGGAGAGACGAUGGUCAUACGGCCAUGUUUUGUGUCUUUGUCCCGGACACAGGAACCGCCGAGGUUGCAUGAUACGUCAUGCUCUUCAGAUGAGUUGUUAAAAGCAGUUGUCAACAAGGCAAGAAAAACGUUGCCUAUUGGCAACAGAAAACAACUUUCCAUUCUUAAGAAUGCCUUAGUUAACCACAUAGCUUCCACCAAGGAAAACAUAGCAAACUAUAAUUGUAAUGGAGAUGUGAACAAUGAUCUUAAUCAUGUUAAUGAAAGUUUGGAAGAUUUCUCUGAAGUCUCUCCAAAAAGGGCUAGCUCUAUAAAUAUGGAUGCUGAAGACCACCAGGCAAUAGAUAAUGUUUGUUCUGAGGAUAGGUCAGACUUGGUACAUUUGGAGCCAAAUAGUUUAAACAUACAAAUAUUAACAGUAUUGUCAAAAGUGGACCCGAAAGAAAUGGUCACUGAAAAUGAUUCCAAAGUCAUGGUGAAUGGAAACAUGAGUGAAGAUUCACACACUGAGGAUUUUAAGACCGACCAUGUAUAUUGCAUGCAUAAUGAGGAAAACGUUUCUCAGCCUAAUUGUGCUGAGGAAGGAUCCAGUGAAAACAGUGGUCAGUUAAAACAUAUUGCCACUGAACAUGAUUAUCAGGAUUUUGAAUCCGAAAGCCAUACUAUGGAACCUCAGGACAUGGAUAAUCAAGAUGUAGUUCAAAAUAACAACUCUGAAUCAUUGGAUAGUCAAGUUGAAACUCAUGCAACUCCAGAAAAUCCAAAUACAUUUACAGAGAAUGAUAUGCCAUCAAUUGACAAAGUAGGUUGUGCAAAAUUGAGCAAAUCUUCACAGCUAGAUGAGCCAGAUGAAGACCCAAACCUGAACGAAAUGGAAACCGUUUGUCAAAAAAACUCUGAACUUAUUGAAGCUGAAAAUGUUGAAGAAGAAAAUCAGGAAAUAGCAGAAGGUGGCUCUAAUACUGACCAUGAUCAGUUGGACACUGGUUCAAAUGCAAUAUUGGACAAAACUAGUGAAGAAUUGAGGAAUCCGUGUAUACAAGAUGGCAAUGAUGAGUGUGGUGUUAACCCUAUGGAAGAAACACAAAAUGAGGAAACGGAUAAUUGUUCCAAAAGUAAUGGUGAAACCAUUGAAGAAGACAGAAUACCCAACUUAACGCAGGAAUACAGUGGUAAGAUUUCUCGGAAAAGAACAGCUCUGGAAGAUGAUACCGAGAUGGAGCACAUGCCAAAACGAAGCAAAGCAACCACUGAUGUAACCACGAGUGAUAACGAGGCUGCCUACAACCAGCAAGAAUCUCCACGUCUCAAUGGAAUCAUUAAUAAGACUGUUGAAGCUGCGUUCCAAAGGCAAUUUGGUGACAUCGACGGAGCCAUGCUGAUGAAGCAGGUCCGAUGGAUAAAAUCGGAGGUCCGAAAAAGGGAUAAGGAUUACGAAAAAUAUGAGAACCUGGGAAGCAAAUUGCAGUCCCAGCUGUUGUGCCUCGAGAAAAUGUUGUCCUUGGCUAUGCAAGUUGUGGGAAAACAUCUUGAAACACCAAAAAAUCAAGAGGUAUCAAGUGAAGCGCUUGUUGCUACCCAGCCCCAGAUUUCGAUGACUACUACUGCCGCCACCACCACAUUUGCAUCACCAUCUCCUCCCAGCUCCAAUCCUAACAGCCAGCAACUCAAAAACAAGGGGUUUACUGUUAGAGAAAUGAUUAACAAUCUACGGGCUGUGGCCAACAGAAUGCAGAGCAAACCUGGAAUGCCAAGAAGUAGUCCUGUUUCAUCUGUUGGAAGCAACCUUAAUGGUGCUCCGCCUGGGCUUGCCUCUGGCACAGCGGCAAUAGGGGGCUCGCCCCAGAGGGCACGGCUGGCAGUGCCGUUUCCCGCCCAGACGGUCGCCGGCUUGUUGUACAGGGAAGAGAGAGCCCGCGCAGCCACGUCGUCUGCCAUCCAGAUGUCUUCGAGCGCCAUAUCGGGGGAUGAGAGGGGCCGGGCGAUCCCACCAUCCGAUGUCCCGCCGGCUCUGGGCGGCGUGCCUGGCGGGGAGGAGAGGGUGCGACUGGUUGCGCGACCACACUUCACGGCGCCCCGCCAGGCAACGGCCGCCCUGUCUUCUGUGGGACAGAUGCCCCCGGCGCUGCCGUCCGUUUCCGUGGCUCCUCCACCAUCGAGCGUCGCACGGACUCCUCCGGUCGGGGCCGCGAGCCAAAACCACGGCUCUUCCAAUUCUCACUCGACACAGUCCCUCGCCCUUCCAUCUGCGCUCUCCCGUGUGCCGUCGUCAAACGCCAGCACCACGUGUUCGCCCGGCACGCAGCUGCCACACGCCGGGGCAGGUCGUCCCUCGGUGGCCAUGCAGUCGCCUGUUGCGAACCGGAACCCGGCCUCGAGGUUCUCGGGCACGGGAACCACGGGGGUUUCGCCAAAUGCACAAGUCAGAACGUCGUCGGUUCCAUCGCAUACCGCUCCAAGAGCAGCUGUGCCGGUGGGGACCGGUAGUAGCAGCGCAAGCAGACUGCCCGGGCAUUCGGUAUCCGGCCAGGGGCUUUCUUCCCAGAAUGUGCUGAGUCAACAACAGCAGCAGCAGCAAGCUUCGUCGAGAAGUCCUCCAAGCAGCGGCACAGCUGGGACCUCCAGCCAGGCCUUACGGAGAAACUCUGCGACGUCAGACGCUGUCAUUGAUCUCACAGAAGAGGACGAUGAUAUUCUAAUAACUGGCAUGGAACGAGGCAUGAGGACGGUUAACAGAAGCCAACCUGGUUUAUCCAGUACGGCGAGCCAACAGCGCCACCUGCCGGGAGGACCCUCUAGUGGCUCAGCCCAGCCCAAAAAUAUGGCACCACCAUCUUCAAGGAACACCCAGGUCCAGCAACAGCAGCAGAUGCAGCAACAGCAGCAGAUGCAGCAACAGCAGCAGCAACAGCUGCAGCAACAUGCUUCACCACAGCAGCUCAGAGGCACGCAAGGUCAACAGAACCAAGGAAGGGUGGGGCAAGGUCAACAAAUUGUACCUACUCAGCAACAACAACAAAUUCGAACUUCACAAGUACAGUCACAGCAGCACCGUCAACACCAGCCACCGCAACAUCAGCAGCAGUUGUCACAGCUCCAGCAAGCUCAGCAGCAGCAGCAUCAUCAGCAGCAGCAGCAUCCUUCGCAGCAUCAAUCGCAGCAUCAAUCCCAGCACGCGCCGGCGCGCAUCUCUCCAGCCACGCAACACGGCAUGGCCCUGUCGCGGGCCCCCUUGAGCCAGGCGAACCACGACAGGGUGCUGGUGGCGCAGGUGCACUCGCAGCCGGCAGCGGCUCACCAGCAGCAGCAGCACGGCGCCGGAAAGGCGCCCCUAGGAGCUGUUUCUCACACCUCCAUCUGUGUGCCAGUGUCCAUGAGUCAGCAGGUUGUUGACGGCAACAUAGUAGUGCACGGCCGACAGCCCCUGCCUCAUCGCCAACAGCAACAGCAGCAGCAACAGCAGCAGCAUCUGCGACCACCCCCACCACUGCAGAGGGUUGUCAACAGCCACGUGGAUACCUACGGGUCAAUGGGUCCUCCACCACCGUACCACCACCAGCAAGGGGGCAAUGGGCACAUGUCUCUUGGGCCAGCGGGGACACACAUGGGGCCUAUGUCUGGCCAGAUGAUUCAUCAGGGGCCACCCCCCACGCAGCAGCAGCAGCAGCUCAUCCACAUCCCUAUGCAGCAGAUUCCUCCAAAUGUCGCUCUUGCAGCUGUGAACUUUUCCAAUCAAAUGGGCAUGAGCUCCGUGCCCGUUUACUCCUCGGUGGGGGCGAUGCCAGUCAACGGCCAGCCUCAUUACACACAGCAGCAGCGGCUGGUGGUGCCUUCAGGUCUUUCAACGCAGAUGGUCAACGGAUUGAACGGACGAGUGGCUCAGAAUAUGGUGCGAGUGUCUGCCCCUCCGUCUACCCACACUCAGUCUCCGUAUCAAAACAGCUACAUAACGGCCCCGGUGCGUCAGAGCUACCCAGCGCCGUUGCCUGGGACCCCCCCUCCUCCUCCAGGCCUGCCCACUGAGGCCGCUGCCAAACUGCCUCCCCAGAGGCCCGUGUUGAAGCUGGGCCGUUCCGACAACCAGAACGCCAUCGUGCUGCAGUGGAACGUGGCGGAGGAGAACCCCAAGUGUGCGCCCGUCGAGAGCUACCACCUGUUUGCCUACCACGAGGACCCCAACAGCCCCAUGCCCUCUCAGUGGAAGAAAAUUGGGGAGGUGAAGGCCCUGCCGCUUCCCAUGGCGUGCACCCUCACGCAGUUCGUUUGCCGCAGCAAGUACUACUUCGCCGUCAGGGCCAAGGACGUCUAUGGCAGAUACGGACCGUUCUGUGAACCACAGUGCACUGACUUCAAGACCCCUUGAUCGUUUUCUGGAGGGUGUUGUGUGUUGGCACCUUGUGGCCCAAAGUGUUGCGCUCAGCUGAACUUGUAAAGUGUUAUUUUUACAUCCAAGUAACCGACUUGAAGUUGAUACCCCUGAAGCUAUUCUUCGUGUUCUGGGAAAAUAAAGCCCUCCAUCUCAAAAUAACUUAUGUACAUUUGUUUCACGAAAUAUGCUAUUUUGAAACUGCCAGUUUGUAAUGCGACUAUUUUGUACCCCGAGUUGAAAAAAAAACAUUAGAACGAGCAGUAACACUGCUUAACCUUCUUUAUUUGCAUAGCAAAUCGCUGAUAGGUGUCUGCUGUGAAUCGAUAAGUGUAGCAUACUAGUGUUUGUAUAUUUUAUUUUCUAAGUAAUUUACAUUCAUCUGUACUUGUUUUUAUAUAUGACAUGACACUGCAUUUUUAUGACUAAGGCCAUUAUUUAAUCUGUUUUAAAUUAAAACAAAAAGCAGUAGCUUAUGUAGACUUUACGGUAAUAAAUGUUUUAUUUUGAAAACGGUAUGUUCAAUUCUGUUUGUUCCACUUUGUGAACAUUUAAGGUGAUGAUGUGGACAUUUCUGUUAUCGAGGUUGCUCUCAAUGAAGUGGUAUGGAGUGCUGAUGUGUUCAACCAGGAGGUCUUGCGUUUUUUUGUAUUUUCACAGCAACACUUCUUAUCUUUAUUUGCUGUUAGAAUUUCACUACUUGAGUACCCGUUUUCAAAGAGUUAAUUUCAUUCCACAAAGGUCAAAAGGUGUUGAGAUAACGUGUGAAGGAGGAGCUUGUUAACUCGAUACAGUAGCACUAGCAUCGGCCACAAGUGCCACCCAAGCAGCUGUAUUUUGUUGGCGUCGGCGACGACUCGAAUGCGGGGAACCCCCGUGAGAUAUGGUGAGCGGAGGCCAUCAUUUUGAGGUCAUUGUAAAAUGAGAUUUUUUUAAUAUAGGGAUAGACAUUACAACAAUCGAACACAAAAAGAUGUUACAUACAUGCCGAAGGUAGGUUAAGUUUGAUAACGUAAGCAUAAGUGAAUUUCAGGUAAACCAUCACCGUAACAGUAAUGUAACACUUGAAAGUAUAUUUUAGUAACCCCAUUUCUUCUGUGUAGAGUGGAAGUAGGAAAUGUGGAAAUGGCACACUUUGUUACGUGUGUGCGAGCUGCAAAAGAGAAGCCGUUAAUUUUCUUAGUUCCCAAAGUCUUGAGCAAUUGGUGCCAAACCUCACCCAGUCAGUGUCUGCACUCAAAUCUUAUGUUGCUUAAAACUGGUGUGUAAACUUAUACUGUGUAUUAUACAACAUAGCAAACUAUUAUUUUAGUGGUAAUACUUGAAGGUGAAGCUUUCUUAGCAACGUUUGUGUGGUAAUUGUUCUCGGUGACAUAGGGUUAACAACUAAGGACUGUACUUGCAGUGUCUUCCGCUUCUUACGUUUGCCAUUAACAUGCAGCGUGACCAAAAACGAGCACGCGAAAUGGUCCAAAUUUAGUUGGUUCCAUGUACCAUUUGGCUCCGAAGCGCCCUCUUAAGUCAUGCCUGGGGGUGGUGGUGUCACUUCUGCUGUCGAAACGACUGAAAUUUGCCCGCUGCCAUUUGUAGCCACGGCCAGUGCCCAUGGACUUUGGCCGUAUUAACACAACACAGCCUGGUGCAUUUUGUGUAAAUCCGCGUCUACAUUGCAGCUCUCACCCGUUUAUAUGACUGGCAGUGUGCGGACCCCCCUGGAUGCGGCUUCGACUUGUGUGUUGCAGGUGGAGAACUUGUGGCUUCGGUGACGGAAUGCAGUGCUUGUGUUCUUGAGCGGCAGUCGUGUGCCCGAACCGAUUGUAACACGUUCGCAUUACCGGCCAUUGUGUGUGGUAUUUUGUAACAUUCAUUUUAAUUGAGGCUUUUUUUUGGACAGAAUUUGACGAUAUCUAUCCACGAUAUUCCCACUGGUUGUAAUAAGCAGGCGGGGGGGCCUGGGUUUGGCUUGAGUUGAAACAUCAGCUUAAACGUUUGAUCCUCCCUUGUUUUUGGAACUAAUCACCACCCACAUCGUUUUAGUAAUCUUAAAACGACAGUGCUUUACAUAUUGCUGUAUUUGUAUUCACAGAUAGGAUAUAAUAAUGUGUUUUAGUACUUUUUAACAAUUGUCUUCGUUCAUAAAGUUAUUUUUGGUUAAAAAUUUACCUCAAGAUUUUUAGCAUUUUUUAAAAUCGGGUCGCGACUCGUGAGUAGGGGUCACACAUGAGCAGAUGCCCGUGCAGUAAAAAUGCUUUCCUAGUGGUACACCAUGGAGUGAAGUGUUUGAAGGUACAUGUUCAGUAUGAUGGUGUAGAGGACUGGUGCUUAAUAGUACAGUUUCCCCAUGAAGAGUUCCUGCAUUGAGCAGCAGAGGUUUGAAGUUGCAUGGUAAAUGUACUGCCUCCACCACUCGAUGUAGAAACGUGUGUAAAAGAAACGUGUAUGUGCACCUUUCCUGUUAAUGUUUUUUUAAAGUGGAUAUAAACAAUUUUAAGAAUA